AUGUCGCUGCCGCCCGCUGAACACAGUUGUCCACUGCCCGAGAAGCCGCUCGCAGAGGGCAACGUUAUGGUAGAGACCAAGGGAGGCCGGCUGGUCGGCAGCACGGUUGUUGUGGAGGGCGUCACCCUGGCGCGCUUCCUCGGAAUCCCGUUCGCCCAAAGUACGGCGGGUGACCGCCGUUUCGCGGCGCCGUUGCCCCUUCCCGUUCCCGAAGACAAAUGCGCGGUGAUAGAGUACCUCGAGCCGGGGCCACUGUGCGCCCAAUGGUACAACAGCAGCGUGCUCGGCUCCGAGGACUGUCUGCACGUGAACGUGUGGACACCGGCGACCGCUCUCGGAGACAAUGACCACGGCGGAGGCCGGGCUCUGGUCGUGGCCGUCUCCGGAAAGUGGUUCGAGUCGGGUUCCAACAACGACCCGGACUGGCCAAUGCUGGCCGCGAAGGGAGACGUGGUCGUAGUGGCGCCCAACCACCGACAGGGCGUGCUGGGUUUCCUGCACCCGUCAUCCGUGGUCGGCGUAGACAAGGAUGUGGGCGUCAACGACGUUGUGAGCGCGGUGCAUUGGGCGCGCGACAACGCGAAGGCUUUCGGUGCCGACCCGAAGCAACUGGUGGUCGUCGGUCGCGGAUCGGGCGCCUACCUGCUCUCCGCAGCCGUGCGCAACAUGAGCAGCAACUCGGUGCAACGAGCGUUUUACCACGGCAUCGUCUACGGAUCGCUUCUACCAUUCGAUCCGGUGGUGCCAUACAGAAACCUCGCGGUGGCGUUGCACUGCAACGGGACGGACAAGUCGAUGUCGGCGUGGGUGGCCUGCUUCCGCGCCGCGCCCGUCGGCGAACUGUUGCAGGCCGCGCAAGCCUCGUCAAACUUGCCUUUGCAGUUCGCACCGCGCAUCGACAUCGGCGUGCUGCUGUCACCGCCCGUCUCCAUGCCACCAACCGUCGUAGCUGGUGCGGAUGCGGCCGACGACAGGGAGCUCUUCAAUGAACGCAUUCGGCCGAUAGCGCAGCGUGAAGGCAACGCUUCGACGCCGGAAGCACUGCUGGAGUUCACGCUCAACGUGUACAAUGCACCGCUGCUCGUGAAGUCGAACCUCAAGCGCCGCUUCAAGGCGGAAUCUGUGGAUAACAUUGUGCGCGGCUUUUCGAUGGCCGUUUCCACGUGUGCCACACUGAAAGUGGCCAAGGCGGUGGCCGAGGGCUACCAUUACCGGUUCGACUCGGCCGUCGCCACCGGGCAGCUGAUGUCGCCACUGGGCAUCGGCCAGGUGGCGCUAUUCGCAGCACACGGCACGGUGCCGCCGUUGGCCGACAACAGUCCGUGGCCUCCGCUCGGGAAGCUGGCCGAGACGCGUGUGAUCGGCGCGGACGGCCAAGAAAAUUUCACUAGCUACGCUGCUGCCUGCGUGGUAUAGCGCUUGUCGAUGAAUUGUUUCUUUCCAUAAAAAAUUAA